UGUCCUAUGCACGUGCUGCUAUACUCAGAAACCAUCAAAUUGCUUCUGACAAUUUAGUCUUCUCCUAAAAGGUUUAGUGUUUACAAGAAGUUAGUGAUUGAAAUAAUAGUUUUAAUUAUGGAAGAAAAGUUUAAGACGAUUGUGGAGAGGAUUUUCAAUAAUUGGACCGGUCUGCGGUUGGCUGUCGAACAUGGAAUGGGAGGCCGGAACAGUCAUAAGACUGCCAUUGAAAUAAUGGACUACAUGUACGAAUAUUGCAUUCGUAAUGCCAACCCCACACAAUCCGAACUCCAGGAAGUUCUAGAAGACCUUAUGGACCAAGAAUUCAACACAGUCUGUGAGGACAAUUCCAUCUCCGAGAUCUGUCUUCAUCUGCUCAAAUUCGUUACCCUUUGUCAAGCGAACAAAUCAGAUGAAAUCGAAGUUGAACUCAAUAAACUACCAAAUGUCACACCAUGGCUAAGACCUGGUGUUCAAAUCACUUAUAAACGAGUGGAAGGCGAUAGUUCAAGUUCAGAAGAUGACGAUGAUGAUGAUGAAGACGAAGAUAUGGAGGUAGAUGAAAGCCCCGCGACGACAUCUAGAGCAAGCAAGCCAAAAGAAGAACAAGUUGAUGCUGACCCCGGUUGGACGGUUGUAACGAAGAAGAGAAAAUGAAGAUUGUUUUUUAUAAUAAGAAAUAAAUGUUGUAAUAUUAA